UAAAAGCGCAAUGACGCGUCGGAGUGACUUUCGGGGAUGAUUGAAGUGCGCGGCAAAAGAAGUGAAACCCAAAACAAAACGACACGAAACAUGUGGCCGAGGUACUGCUGAGCAAACGGGGUACGUCAGCCGUCCCUCGCCGCCCGCUCUUCGCUCGCCUUUUACCGAGGCGAAGGAUACCACAGAGGACAAAAUGGGUCUGCACUCAUCCCAGAAGAAGCAUUUUCCCCUACGGGGGAUCGAUGGCGUCGUUCAGCUCUUCGACGCCGAGCUCCGCAAGUCCGAGCCGGACCUGGCCCUCCUCUCCCUGGUCCUGGGUUUCGUGGAGCACUUCCUGGCCGUGAACCGCGUGGUGCCCGUCAACGUGCCCGGCGUACGUUUCGAGCCGCUGGAGCCCGACUGCCCCAACUCGUGUUUCCCCACCGUGGAGCUGGGCAUGAUUUCAGCGCUGUACGAGCGUUUCACGGCGCAGAUCCGCGGGGCCGUGGACCUGUCCCAGUACAGGAGGACGCCGGCCGGCUCCAGUCGAGAGCUGGUGAAGAAGGUGUCGGAUGUCAUUUGGAACAGUCUCAGUCGCUCUUACUUUAAAGACCGUGCCCACAUCCAAUCUCUCUUCAGCCUCAUCACCGGAACCAAACUGGACAGCUCGGGUGUGGCCUUUGCGGUGGUGGCGGCCUGCCAGGUCCUGGCCCUGAAGGACGUGCACCUGGCUCUGUCCGAAGACCACGCCUGGGUCAUCUUCGGCAAGAGCGGCGAGGAGACGGCCGAGGUCACCUGGCACGGCAAGGGCAACGAAGACCGACGAGGGCAGACGGUCGCGGCGGGAGUCAACGAGAAGAGUUGGCUCUACCUCAAAGGUUCCUACAUGAAAUGUGACCGCAGCAUGGAGGUGGCCUUCAUGGUGUGCGCCAUCAACCCCUCACUGGACCUGCACACUGACAGCUCGGAGCUGCUGCAGCUUCAGCAGAAACUUCUGUGGCUACUGUAUGAACGAGGUGACCUGGACAGGUAUCCAAUGGCGAUGGGGACUCUGGCGGACCUGGAAGACCAGGAUCCGAUGCCAGGCAAGGAGAGCCCGCUGGAAAUCCACCUCAAGGCCGUGUGUUCGGCCCAGAACCAUUACAACAACGAGCACAUCUACCCCUACAUGUACUUGGCCGGCUUCCACUACAGGCACAGGAACGUGCGGGACGCGCUGAGGGCCUGGGCCGACGCCGCCCGGGUCAUGCAGGACUACAACUACUUCCGCGAGGACGAGGAGAUCUACAAAGAGUUCUUUGACAUCGCCAACGACGUCAUUCCCACUCUGCUCAAGGAGACGGCCGCCGCCGCCGAGAGUCCCUCGGAAGGCGGCGAUGCGACAGAAACGGAGCAGCAGCAACCCCAGCAGCAGCAGCAACAGGCAGCUUUCUCGGCACUGCAGGACCCCGAAUGCUUCGCCCACCUGCUGUGCUUUUACGACGGCAUCUGCAAGUGGGAGGAGGGCAGCCCCACACCGGUGCUGCACGUGGGCUGGGCCACCUACCUGGUCCAGUCCCUGAGCCGCUUCGAGGCGCAGGUGCGUCAGAAAGUGUCCAUCAUCACCAAAGAGCCCGAGUGCCAGGACGAGGACGACGCGUCCAGCGAGGACCCGUGGGAGGGCCGCAGGCGAGGUCCCCGCAGGGAGUCCAAGCUGGAGGAGCAGAACUCGCCCCUGGCGGCCGCGCCCGCCUCCCCGACCUCGCAGGCCGCCCCCAAGAAAGCCGGCGAGGGCGGCGCCGGCCGCCGUCGCUCGGAGGGUCAGCCCAAGUCCCCCGACGGUGGGCCGUGCUCCCCGCCGCCGCCGCCUCGCCCGGCCGCCCCCGUCGUGGCCUUCCAGAGCGAGAAGAUGAAGGGCAUGAAGGAGCUGCUGCGCGCCGCCAAGGUGAACUCCAGCGCCAUCAAGCUGCAGCUCACCGCCCAGUCUCAGGUCCAGAUGAAGAGGCAGAAGAGCACGCCGCCGGGCGAUUACUCCAUGUCCUUCAUGAAGAGGCAGCGCAAGUCGCUCUAGGACCAUUUUGAGCGCCGGCCCCGCCCACUCACAUUCCUUGCGCUCAAACGUCCUCCCGCUGCCGUCAUGUUGUGUCGCUAUCUGAAAGCAUGACCAUGACCGAGAAGAAUACAGUUGUGUGCAAAUUGUCCCCCCAGUACAUCCCAAAACAGUUGAAGAGCAUUUUUAUUCAUGCACCAUUUGCAAAAAAA